AUGGCUGAUUCAGCUUCGACGAAUGCGAAUGUGAUUCAGUUGGUAGAGGAUGUUGUGCGUAACUACCGAUUUGAUACAAUUUGUGUGAUAUUGAUUGCACUUCGCCACCUUGCACGAACCCGACGCAUGAAUCGAAGACGAAGUAGAGCCACCUUCACACGCCUUGGUCGGGUACCGGAUCAAGUAAGACACAUUAAUCGGCUCGUCGGAGUAAGUGAUGUUGCUUGCUUGGAAAAUCUUAGGAUGGACCGCAACACCUUCGGGAGGCUUUGUAUAAUGCUGUGUCAAACUAGGGACUUAGUUGAUGGGGAGUAUGUGAUGGUGGAAGAACAAGUCGCGAUGUUCUUGAGCUUUAAAGUUUCCCACUAUGUACACGCUGUCUUGCGAGCCGUGCUCAAGCUUCAUGCAUCUUUCUUGGUUACACCCGAACCCGUGCCUGAUGACUAUGAUGAUAACAGGUGGAAGUGGUUCAAGGGGUGCCUUGGGGCAAUUGACGGGACAUACAUCAACGUACAUGUUCCAAAUGCCGAUAAGCCUAGGUAUCGAUACAGGAAGGGUCAAAUUUGUACCAGUACAUUGGCCGCGUGUGAUAGGCUACUGAGGUUUACUUAUGUCUUGGCUGGGUGGGAGGGCUCGACCGCUGAUGUUAGGGUUUUGCCUAACGCCAUCACUCGACCAAACGAUUUCAAAAUGCGUUGGGGCAUUCUACGAACUGCCUCAUAUUAUCCUGUGAAGAUUCAGACAUGGUUGAUCAUAGCUUGCUUUCUACUCCACAACUAUAUAAGAUCAGAGAUGCCUACAGAUCCAAUCGAAAUGACUGAGAAUGAUGAGUUCACUGAUAAUGAGGAGGCAGGGGAUGAUGGUGUCCUCGGGGAAUUUGUUGAUAGGGUGGAGCCUUCCCCAGCAUGGAAAUUAUAUGCGCGAUGCAUUGGCAGAACCCAUGUGGACUUCAGUGAGAUAUUCUUCACCUCUUGA